GUCCGUGUCUGUUUAAGCGAUGAACACAUUCAUUUCUCUCUGUUUUUGUUGCAGUCUCGGUGGCGUGUUUUUUCGCGGCAGUGUCCUGCCAAUCUGACAGCAGCAGCAGUGUGGUGGUGGCCGGCUACAACGUGAGCGGCCCCGCCGGCUCCAAGCUGGUACUGCAGUGCACGAGCGGCCGCAUGGUGUGGACCAGGGACACGGUGAGGGACAGACAGAGGGUGGUCCACUGGGAUAUCUAUCGAGACUCCCCGGACUACAUCAUGGAUAGAGUGGUGGACAUGUUCUCGACCGGAGACCAGAGGCUCUACCACUCCCACAACCUGGGAAGGGUCGGCCUCAACCCAACGGCUUUCAAGGACGGGAACUUCUCGCUGGUCAUCAAAGAUGUGAGCAUGAAUGACAGAGGCCUCUACUCCUGCAACCUCCACCAUAUCUACUGCCACCUGCAUGAAACGGUCAGAAUUCAGCUCAACGUGACCAAAUCAAGACGCAAGCAGCAGAGCUUCUGGGACGGACAGAAAGCGGUGUACGUGGUGCUGAAGGGGACCACUGUGCUGUUGCCAUGCAUCAACAGACGGAGCGUCUGGGCAGACUGGGGCAACGAUGAGGAGGACCAGCAGGUUGUCCACUGGGACCGUCAGUCCCCGGGAGUCCAGCAUGACCGUGCCGACCGGCUGGUGGACCUGUACGCGUCUGGGGAGCAGCGCAGCUACGGGCCCCUGUUCCUGCAGAGGAAGAUGAACAUCAGCAAUCAAGCCUUCUCAGAGGGGGACUUCUCUCUAACAAUAACAGAUCUACAGUUUACGGACCAGGGGACGUAUUCCUGUCACCUUCACCAUCAUUACUGCGGCCUGCACGAAAGACGAGAGUUUCGGGUCACAGUCGAUCCCCCUCUGAUUCAGAGCACGCAGCCGGUCAUAUCCCUCCCCAGAGAAAAAGACGCUGCCAAGGCCGAGGCAGCUCAAGUCAUCAACGUCGUCCUGCCUGACCAAAGUCAUCAUUUUCUCCUGCUGCUCGGCUACGUCCUCACAUCCUUCCUGCUUCUGGCAUUCGUUACUCUCAUCGUCAUCCUCACCAUGAGACGGCGUAAAGCCAAAGAUUUUUCUCCUAAGGUGUCCAUUAGGUCCAGCAGAAGUCCCAGCAGCUCUGAUGAGUAUGAGAUAGACAUCGGGGAGGAGAACGUAGUCGCCUCCUGCAGUCGACAGGAGAGAGCAUUUGACUACAAGAACAACUUGCUAAAAGAAAACGCCCUGAUGAAGGCUCAGCCAAAAGUUAUUGAUCUUGACAAAGAGAUCCAGAAGUUUUCCAAGUGAGAAAGCGAGACAGAGGUGAAAUCUGAGUCACUGGCUGGUCCAGAGGCUGCGCUUGCUCCAGACAAAAACACAUCCACAUUACCUUCUGUCGUCGCAAGAGAGGAAACCAGGGUGGCUUUUUUAAAAGUCUAUAUUAGAAAAUUGCUGUAAAAUUGCCAUAAGUUUGACACAAAAAGACUUUCUUUUUAAUUGUACUCAGUUACAGUAAAGACACAGAUUGCCAUGCACAUGGUGCAUCAAGCCCUAAACGCUUCGCAAAGAAAACAUAUAGAUAAUCUGAAUGAUUGACAGGAUUUGAAAGAGCAAUCUUGUUAAAAGCUGCUUUGUUUUUUUAAAUCUUUUGCUUUGUUCUUUACUGCAGUAAUCCUAUGUUGAGUGCACUGACGGUCCCCUGAAGUGUCUCUAAAGUUUACUGCCCGAUGAAGCAGUUUGUUUUAAAUACUCAGACUAAAUUUACUUGGCUUCUUUCUGUAAAGAUUCAAAGAGGAGUCUAGUCUAAACUUAACCUUGCUGCUUUGCCACUAACUCUUUAAAUAUCAAACAUAAAUAGAGUCAUUCACGAAUCUAAAGUGUACAUUUGAAAUGAGGCUUCUUUUUGUCUGACAAAAGACUCUUCUUUUUGUCUGGUUGGUGGACAUUUCUUUUCAUUUGUAUCAUAGCAUCUAUGGAUUUAGGACAGCCUGUUGUGCUUUAAGCAUGUUAUUUUAAGCAGUGAUAGUGUACAGUUUCAGUUCAUACUUAACCCUGGUUAAGCGCUCCCCCUAGUGUGGUAGCAUGAGUACUGUCAUUUAUUGCACUAUCCAUUCAGUGGGACAACAGGAACACACCUACAACUAAAAUCUUCACUAAAAGCUACAUGUAAUUUGUCUUUGUUCAGUUUAGUGUUAGCAGAAAUGAAUGUCAUUUGUGCAGCUGCACCUUAAUGCUAAAACAUUAAAGGAGUUAAGAGAUUAAGAAUUUCA